CUGGACUACAGCGAGUGUGGAGAUGAGGCUCAGCCAUCGCCCAAACACAUGAAGCUGUUCACAGACUCUCCACCCAGCCCGGACCGACAGUUUUGCUCGUCCACUACGUCUAUGGCCAGUGACUCUGCGCAUACACCGUCUGAGAGUUUACGAGAGGACGACGCCCCAAAGCGCCUGUGUCUGGUGUGCGGCGACAUUGCUUCGGGGUUCCACUAUGGCGUUGCUUCCUGCGAGGCGUGUAAAGCCUUCUUUAAACGUACUAUCCAGGGAAACAUCGAAUAUACUUGUCCUGCUGCCAAUGACUGUGAAAUUAACAAGCGGAGACGAAAAGCCUGCCAGGCAUGUCGCUUUCAUAAGUGUCUACGAGUGGGUAUGCUAAAGGAGGGUGUCAGGUUAGACCGAGUUAGAGGCGGGAGGCAGAAAUAUAGGAGAACUUCCGAUUCCCCGUUUUCAAUGCAUCAGAUGCCUGUUAAAAAGGCUUCAUUAGAAGAUAUUAAAUUGCUGGCUUCCCUGCGUGCAUGUGAGCCGGAAUCACUCCUGGCAUUACCAGACCUAACUGUGUUCGACCCUGAUUAUCUCACGAUAUCCAUCCUUGCUGACCUCUAUGACAGGGAGCUGGUCUCCACUAUAGGCUGGGCUAAGCAAAUUCCAGGGUUCACAGAAUUAGCUCUGAACGAUCAGAUGCGGUUGCUACAAAGUACUUGGGGAGAAAUCCUAACUUUGGGACUAGCCUAUCGAUCAAUGCCAGCCCACGCCCACACGCUCUUGUUUGCCCAUGACUUCACGCUUGAUGAGAAGCAAGCAAGGGAGUGCAACGCCACUGAGCUCUUUACGCAGGUGCUUGGUGUAGUAGAACGGCUUGAGCAGUGUAAUAUCAACAGAGAAGAAUUCCUGUUGUUGAAAGCCCUGGUCCUUACCAACUCUGAUGUGCGCCUGCAAGAUAACCAGGCCUUGCAUCGUCUAAGACAAAAUAUUCUCCAAGCUCUGCAUGAUGCUGUUGCAACCCUUAGACUGCGCGAUGCUGUAGCACAGAUGCAGUCGCUACUCCUUUGCUUACCAUCUUUAAGAGCUGCCGAUGCAGCCCUACGAAGGUAUUGGCUCUCUGUACGUCAUCAGGGCACUGUGCCUAUGAACAAGCUUUUUGUGGAGAUGUUGGAGUCACACAUGCGGUGAAUGGGAACUAUGAUUAAUUCUCAAUCACUCUUCUGUUGUAAAACAAUGCUUAUUUAAACAUGAAAGGAUGAUUUGGCAAGGAGGUCAUCACUGGUGAAAAGUGCAUUAAACAGUAGACUGAAGGAUAAGGCAAAAGAUUCCUCCUCACCAGGUAAUAUGGUCUGCUGAUGGCUAGAACAAACAUCUUGGUCUCAAAGUCUUCCAAGAGAGGAGUCACAGUGCAAGAACUUCCUAGAUCCAAUGGGAUGCCAAAAGGAGCAGAAAGUGUAAUUCUUUUCAGCCGCAAGGGGCUUUUAUCAGAGGCGAAUUGGCCUGCGAUGUUCAUGGUGUUAGGAAAAAAAAAGAAGGACGUGUUAAAGUGAAGUUAAAGUGUUGCAGGGUGAUUUUUUUAUUUAUUAAUUUUUUUUUUUAUUCUAGAGAAAUGGCUAUAUUACCCUGGGAGGAAAAGCUGCCAUUUUGCCGCACACUCAGGUACUGUUGGCAAUUGUGUUCAAAACAAAAAAAAAAAAAGAAUUUUAAUAUCUUU